AUGCCGUCGACCAGUUGGCGUUCGCAUUUCCUACCGUCGUGCAGCGUCGGCGAGCUGCAGGAAAUCGCCGACGGCAUGACGGGAUUCGUGCUGCCAGCCGAUCCGGCCAACGAAGUCUAUCCGGGAGUUCUACUCGGUGAUGCUCCGACGGCGUUAUCCACUUACAAAUUGAACCAACUCGGCGUGACUCACGUCGUUAACGUGGCCCAGGCACCCACCAUCUCCAUGUACCCGCCGUCCGACACUUUGAAACAUUCCAAAUGGCAGGACUGGGGCGCCGUCGGCGGAUUUGUCCGCACUUCCGAGGCCUAUUACAGGCACGUCGGGAUGGAAUUCCUGGGCAUUCCGGCCUACGACACCAUCACCUUCAAUUUGUCGCGAUACUUUUACGAGGCGGCCUGUUUCAUUGACGAAGCCCUUCGAUCCGGAGGCAUCGUGUUGGUUCACUGUCACGCGGGAAUUUCUCGCAGCGCUACCAUCGUCGCCGCUUUCCUCAUGAUCAAACGCGGGAUGACGGCCCAGGAAGCCAUCAGAGUCAUCAGGUCGCGACGCUCGAUCCGUCCCAACGCCGGCUUCAUGCAGCAGUUGUGCGACCUCAAUGAGACCCUGCUGGGCGAGAGGAGGCGGGCCAGAGCCGAUCUGGUGGCCGCCGCUAGAAACGGCAACACCUCGGUCGCUGUCCUUUGAAAAAAAAAACAUUUCUGAUACCAACAAAACAAUCUGAAACAAAUUUUGGGUUUUUUGUUGUCGUUCGUGUAUGUCAACGUAAUGUGAAUUUUCGUGAGUUUUUCACUGAAAUCCAUCAUCGUCGUUUUUGAUGUUUUGUUCCGGGGUUCUCUCUCUUCGACAUUUCCUUCCUCUUUUUACAACUUUGCUGCUUCCUAUUGUCUUUGUAACUGUAACACACUCACGUUUUUAUGGGCCAAUACAAUCAAGCCGUUGAUGUCGUAUAA